AUGCGGAAAAACGUCUACCUGGCGAAGCUCGCCGAGCAAGCCGAGCGUCAAGUUCAUGGAAAACGUCGUCUCCGACGUCUCUGCCCCGACCAACUCACUGUGGAGGAACGGAACCUCCUCUCUUUCGCCUACAAUAACGUGAUCGGAGCCCUCCGUGCCUCCUGGCGGAUUGUCUAUUCCAUCGAGCAGAAGGAGGAAGGGCGUGGCAACGCUGAUCACGUCUCCGCCAUCCGCGAGUACAGGGCCAAGAUCGAGUCUGAGUUGUCCAACAUUGGCGCCUUAAUUUUGAAUCUUAUUGACGAGAAGCUCGUUCCAGCUGCCGGAAACGGGGAUUCCAAGGUCUUUUAUCUGAAGAUGAAAGGAGAUUACCAUAGGUAUUAGGCUGAGUUCAAGACAGGUGACGAUAGGAAAGCCGCUGCCGAAAAUACGCUCAAUACUUAUAAAUCUGCCCAGUUUUGUGGUCAUUUCAUUAAUUUACUUUCCUGUCUUGUGCAUGUGCAUUUGUUUGUUAUUUUAGUGUUCGCUUCAUUUUAAAUGCUUAUCGUGUUGAAUUUCUGUGUACUUUUAUGAAUCUGUUUUAUGCUUAAUUGUGGAAUAUUUUGAUUUGGAGGCAAUCUAGUUUAAUGAUCUACAUUUUCAGUUAUUCCCAUUAUAGGCUGUUUGUUUCCUGGUAGAUCUGCUGUGAAUUACGUUUAUUUAUUUGGAAACAUAAGCGUUUGAAGACAUUACACGGAAUUGCAAUCGAAAAUUCAUGAAAAUUAGCUAGAAAAUGGUCUCAAUGAUAUUGUUUCCGAAUUUGGUUUACAUUUUCUACGAAUAUUUCAUGAUUCUGUAUCUGAUUUGAGUUUAGUUUUUUUUUUGUGGGAUGCAAGUUUGCAUAGUUGAUUAUCUUAUUGGGACCAAGUUAAAUUUUGUUUAUAUUUGCACCACAGUCACUCAUCUGCCCCGUCUACCUAAGAUGUGAAAUUCCUGCUAAGCUUUGUACUGAUACAAGUAUUACAG